CCCUCACAUGGCCUCGGCCAAUCGGGUGCUUUUGUCCUUCUUACUCGCGUCAUUUGCGUUAGCUCUAGUGCUACUUUCCAACAUGUCGGCUGUGUGUGUGCUCCCCAUGUGUUUACGGGCGAGCCGGGGCCUCCUUCGGCUCAGGAGCGCGGCGGCGGGUGCCUCCGCCCCAGCCAUGGUGGACGUCAUCCGGACAUUGUCCACGGACAAGCCGCCGGCCGCAGCGGGGAGUGCGACGGGCGGGUUAGCUCAGGCGAUCCUCCAGGAGAGACUCCAGCAGCAGCAGCAGCCGACACAGGGUCAGCCUCCUCCAGAGGGAGGGGAGGGCGAGAGGGAGGGAGAGAAGGCCGAGGACAGGAAGCAGAAGGAGAACACGGCCUACGCCAAGAAGAUGGUGCUGCGGUUGGCGGGAUUCAUGGGAGUCGGCGCCGCGGUUGCCAUCGUUUAUAUAUUCGGCACAAAUUCAGUGGAUGAACAAGGAAACACAAUUCCAGAUGAGUUCGACAAAGACCCUCCAGUCAUCCAACAGUUACGAAGAACCUACAAAUACUUUAAGGACUACAGACAGAUGAUCAUCGAGCCAACGAGCCCAAAGCUGCUGCCCGACCCCCUGAAGGAGCCGUACUACCAGCCUCCUUACACGCUGGUGCUGGAGCUCACCGACGUCCUGCUGCACCCGGAGUGGUCGUUGGCAACGGGUUGGCGCUUUAAGAAACGUCCGGGCAUCGAUUACCUGUUCCAGCAGGUGGCGCCGCUCUACGAGAUCGUCAUCUUCACCGCAGAGACUGGCAUGACGGCGUAUCCUCUGAUCGACAGCAUCGACCCUCAGGGUUUCGUCAUGUACCGUCUCUUUAGAGACGCAACACGUUACGUGGAGGGACAUCAUAUCAAGGACGUCUCGUGUCUGAACCGCGACAGCAGUAAGGUCAUCGUGGUGGACUGUAAGCGGGAGGCGUUCAGCCUGCAGCCUUUCAACGGCCUGGCUCUGAAGAAAUGGGACGGAAACUCUGAGGACCGAACGCUCUACGACCUCGCCAACUUCCUCAAGACCAUCGCUAUGAGCGGCGUGGACGACGUGCGUUCGGUGUUGGAGAACUAUGCGCUGGAGGAAGACCCCAUCGAGGCCUUCAAGCGCCGACAGGCUCAGCUGGCACAGGAGGAGGAGCAGCGUCUGUCCGAGCUCUCCCAGCAGAAGAAACAGGGACUCUCAAUCGGCUCCAUCGCCUCACGGUUUUGGCGCUCCAAGCAGCAGUGAGCCCCGCCCCCUCCCCUGCUCGCUUUCAACCCAUCACUUGUCCAAGGUGAGGUGAGGGAGAGGAGGGGACAGACCCGUGUGCUGCAGGUGAGCGGUCUCCGCCCUCACGGACGUCUCAGUGGGCGGGGCUGUUGCGCGGGAACGGAGCGAGGACGUUGACUGGCCCUGCACUUCCUGGUUUUUGUGGAGGCGGGACCUCAUCUUUGUGUCACCUGAUGGAUUUUUAAGCUGCUGAUGGAGAGGAUCCAGGUCGGUCUGAACUCUGGUUGCUGGUGGUUGGAGGCUGAUCGGGGCCAGCGCUGCCAUCGCCACUCCAGCUCCAGUCGCCGCGCCGCUCACAGGAUCUGACCUGAGAUCAGCUGUCAUCUGCCACACUUUGAGAAUGUGUAUUUUAUUUUCUAUUCCUGUGUGUGUGUGUGUGUCUCAGACUGCUGUUGGAGGCGAACGUCACGUCAUGAAUAUUGUUUAUAAUGAUACAAAUAAACAAUAAGUAGCAUU